UAUAUGCAGAUAAUUGUAUAAAAGAGCAGUCGCGUAGUUUCCAAAAAUCAUUCGCUUACAAGUAAACUUAAAGUAAAGGACGCAACAAAAUGCAGACUGCAACUUUCACAAUAUUGUCUUUGGCCCUCAUAGGCGCCGCAGUGGCUGUACCGGUGACAUCCGUUGCCAAGGCCCGUGCUGACAAUAGUAUACUCAACUUGUUGGCACAAUCCAAUUUGUUGGGUUCUUCCGCUGAUCCUGAAAUCACCACCGAGUGCUUCAACCAUUUCAUGCCGAUCUUAAAUCAAAUUUCGACCAACUUUUCCGUGCAAUAUGAGCAAUGUGUCACCGUGGCCUCACAGGCAGUGGGCAAUCUAUCCGCCAAGGCAGCACAGAAACGUGUAGCUUUCGUGGACGAAACCUCCGCGUUUUGUAGUGCUUUCACUUCUUGCCACAGUGAUACCGAUAACUUGGACUUCUUCAACUGUUAUGCAGUAGCAGCCUCAACUGAUAUCAAUGAAAUCUACAAUUUGUCGACCGAUGCUUCGAAUGCAGCUAUUUCACUUAAGGGAGGAUUGCAACAAAUCAAGGACACCGAAGACGUAUGCACCAAUACCGCUCAAAGCACAUUCACGGAGCAGACCUCUGAGACCUAUAGGCAAUUGAAUGAGUGCUUCGUCAAUGGCUUGUCAGUCGCUACAACUGUUUCUUCUGCUUAAGCUUAAGAUAGCAAGCCAUAAUAAAAAUAUAAGUUGCCGAUGAAUGUUUUAAUUAAUCGUAAUAAUAAU